UUCAGUGAGCACAUGACGUCAGGGCUGCUCUGACACUGCACAUUGCUUGCUGUUCCCUGUCUUCAGUGCAUCUUCACCUGGACCUGUAUAUAAAGCUACAGCAGAAUGGGAUCUCCAGAGCAUUGGAGCUGUGACCUCAGCCUCCUUCUCUCCCUAAUUGUGAUAGUGUCUGCAGCCUAUGCAGGGGACCCUUUUGACUCUCAGCUGGGGGACAUCACCUCUUGCAGCAAGCAAUGCGAGCUUCUCUUCAAACCCAAAAGCCCAGCUGAAGAUUCUGUCCUUGGAGCCUGUUCUAGAGGGUGCAGAUUGUUUUCAAUAUGCCACUUUGUUGAUGUAACUGCUGAACUCAACACCACAAGAGUUGAAUGUGAAUCAGCCUGUGUUGAAGCAUACGUCAAGGCAGAUGAGCAAUAUGGAUGCAUCACUGGCUGCAGAAAACAGCUCCCUGAAGUGGAAAACCAGAAAGAAAAAAUGCUGGAUCUCCGACUCCCCUCCUCUUUCUCUAUGUUUGAUUUGAUCUCAGGAUUCUGCAAUGACAUUGUCAGUUCAGCUCAAAGUUUCAUUUCCUCAACUUGGACUUUCUAUCUGCAAGCUGAUGAUGGUAAAGUUGUGGUAUUUCAAUCCCAGCCAGAGAUAGAAUACCCAGUUCUAGAAUUACAGGCUCCCAGAUCAGAUGUCACAGAGAAGGCUUGGCUUACAUCCAAGUUCAACACCUUGAAACCACACACAGGUCUGCGGGACAAACUGGAAAAGCCCUCUGCAAAGGACUCAAAGAUGAAACACAAGCUGCCUCAUAUGGAGACAUCACAAUCAGAGCACGAUUUCCUAGGAUGUAUGUCCAAGCGCUCUGGACUGCCACGUUGGAUUCUAGCUGCUUGCCUCUUCUUAUCAAUCAUGGUAAUGCUGUGGCUUAGCUGUGCCAGUCUGGUGACAGCACCUGAUCAACACAUAAAGGCACAGCCACUGAGCAUCAACGGGGACAAAGAAUAUCUUGAUGACAUGGAAAAGCCCGCUCCAUUUCCAUUGCAACCAGUAGUUGCAGUUACCAUCUGCCCCACCGAAGAAAGUGAGGAGGCAGGACCACUCCCAGUCAAGGUUGACCUGGACAAAACCAUGAUUUAAGAUGGCUUUUUAUAAACCCGUAGCAUUAGAGGGUGUGUGCAUCACAAUGCAUUGUGGUCCUCUACAGCAUUAGAGGGGAUAUUUGUCUCUUUAAUUGGGUUUCAUGAACUAUACUCUUUUUGCUUCCUUUCUUUGCAAAGCAUCUAGAUGGUUCAACUACCACAUAAAACCAUGACAGAAAUGAUCUGGUCAUGUGGAAUUUUCUUUGGACAGUGAAAAGCUGCAGUAGCCAUGUUGGUCCUGCACACAAAAAAGGGUUCUUUCCAAACUGCUUACAAUUGUUCAUAGGUGUAAUACGAAUACAAGGCAAUGGCAGGAUAGAUAUAAUUUAGUGUAGGAAGAACUGGAUUUCAAGAAAUCACAUUUAGGGUUAUUUACUAAAGAGAGAGUCCAAAGUUAACUUCUGAGUCAGAAAGUAAAAAUUCUGAGUCAGAUAUGCAUUUAGUUCAGGGUCUUAAUUUUGAAGGUCACUUUGAAUACUCCUUGAAUAGUCACACUUUAGUAAAUUAACCCUGAUAGGGUUCAAAAACACCAUUUAUAAGUGUAAGCUUUGACAUAUGUGUCACAGUUUUAAAAAUAGAAUACAUAAUGAUUUGCUGUUUAAAUUUAGUGUUUUGUAUAAUAGUAUUUGUAUAAAGACCCUUAUAUGGCAUGUAUUUUAUUAUGAUAUGUUUCCCUAAUUAUCAUUUGCUUACACAUCUAUUAAAGGCUACCGUUUUGUAUGCUAAUUGCAACGCAGAUUCCACGCAAAAAAAUGCUGUAUUUUCGGAAUUGUCUGUUUCCUGUAAUCUAGUGUCUAAAUUGGACUUUGUACAUGCAAUAGGUUGUUAUGUUUGCUUUGUAGGUGUUUUUUAUUAUUUAUUUAUAGGCGCACACAUGUGUGUUUUUCGUUAAUUAUUCAUUUUAUUUUUCAGUGGCAAGAAAGCAGGACUUAGUCGAAUAAAACCAGAUUUGCUUGUCAAUCUCUCCCCAUUAUGCUUUUAAUAAAAACUGACUACUUUGAGUUACUGUUGACUGGAAAUAACAGGAUAACAGGAUUUGCAUUUAAAGGGCAGACAUCAUGUUUUCACAUCACAGUAUCUCAUCUGUUUCUUUCAUAAAAAUGCUAGUACAAAAUCACAUGAAAUAAUCUUAAAAACUGGAUCAUGCUGACUUUAAUACGCUUUUAUGCAUUGGUACGAAAAUGAAAAUUAUUGGUAAAAUGUUCUUGUGGAAGUUGAUUGGAGCGUAAGUACAUUUUUUAUAAUGAAAAUCGUCAAAGGCAAUAGUACAAUAAUUAUCGCUGCAUAUAUAGAUUAUUUGGUAUAUGUGUAUAUAUGCUCGUCAGUCUGUCUAUGCAACUGUCUGUCUGCCUAAACUAUAUUUCAAUUAAACAAACCGCAUAGAAUGGCUUACAAAAUUAAACUGCUGGAAAGCAAUCUCUCAAAAUCAAUAAAUAUAUUUAUCACAUCUUUCCUUCACCAGGCUCAAAAUCUAAUAUUCUGUGUGCACAAAGUUAGAUAUAAUUGGGACACAGCAAUACUAUUUAAUUACAUAGUCAAAUGUAUAGAUAAAUGCGCAAUCCAAUGUGUUUUGGUGAUCAUACUUAAAAGUGAACCCAUCAUAAAAAAAAAUAAUAUUUUUUUAAAUAAGUUAAGAUAGGGUUGGACAAACGGUAGAACCCCAAAUGUUCUGAACAUUGUAAAGGCUGGCAAACCAUCAUGGACGCUGAUGUUCUGAAACCUCUGGAAAUCUACCAUUUGCCCAGCCCGUCAUGUAUUCAGUACUUCUAAAAAUAUAUAUAAAAGCAUUAUUUCAAUGGAAUCAUAUAUAGGUUCAUAAAAAUUACACAACUCUGAAAUCUUCUUAUCCCUUAUGACUUCUGCUCCAGUUUUAAGACUAGCCAGUCACAAAGAGGAUGUGUGGUGCAUGCUGAUGAGUCUAAUAGUCUAAGACGUAUGUCCUUAUAAUUAUACCUGUAUAUUUGACUAGCAAAAAGGUGACCAGAUAUUAAGUUUAGCAGGUAUUUUACAAACAGGUUGAUACACAUUCCAUCUCUGGCCACAAACUAGCUUCAAAGUCUGUGCACCAAUGUGUCUUCCCAGCAUCCCUUGCGAUUCUCACAGACUGCCAUUAUACGGUAACUCAAAAUUCCAUGACAGAUGAUGCAGAAUGCUGGGUGGAUGUUACUGUCAGAUCCUGCAGUAUGGCUUGCUUGUGGCUAAAAUUAGAAUGUGUGAUAAAAACCUUGUAAUUUUCCAUAUCUGCUAUGCCUGCUAUUCUGUAUAUUUGUUAAAAAUUUGGGCUGUGUAUUUACAAGUUAUACUGUUCACUAUGUAUGACUGAGUGGCUGAAGGAUGACGUUACUAGCAAUGCAACAGCCGAUCCCAAGACCGAAUGUGGAUCAUCCCACCAGGCUAUAUUUAUAACUGCACAGAAACGAAAAAGUCUAUACGGGACUAGGAACAGGUUGAAUUAUAGGCCAAUGACUAGCAAGAUCAACAUACAGUGCAAUGCUGACAGAGGCAGAUGUUUAGACUUGGGGCAAAACGGUAUGUAAAGAGUAGAUAAGAAAUAAGAGCAGAAAUGUUUACUAGCAAUCUCUAGGUAAAAAUGAAAUAAAACUAGCGAAACCUGUAUGGAAUUUCCAUGCCAGAAUGAUUUAUUGCUCUCUAUUUUUGGCAAGAGUGACUCUGGGGACAAUCCCUAUUUCGGAGUCACUUUUAGCUGUUAGAAGCUGCACUGGACAUUGUGUGAACAUGAGCAGGACAAGAAAAAUGUAUUCCAUAUGUGUUUACGUUUAUUUUCUAUUAAGUCAUACUUCUAGAUAUGUGCUAAAGAAAAUGUACUCCUUUAGUACUUGACAUGUGUUGCUUUUAUUUGUGUGCAUGCCACGUUUUUUUCCCAUAUGUAAUAUCAUAUCAGUAAUUACCUCCAUUAAAAACAAUUUUUGCGCCUGUAA